AUGAUGAAUAUUGACUUUGAUUUACUGGCCAAUCGCAAUAACCUUGCUGAAGCUUCACCUUCGAUGCUCCAACAGCGUUCGUUUUCGGCAACGACAACAGCAACAGCAACAACUACAACGUCUUCUUCGUCCCUCAACGACGAUUUCAACCAAUUCUUAACUCCCAAUCCAAACUCAUUCGUGAUGGGUUCUGAUAGUAGACACCAACAAGCAAGUUUGGCUUUCCCGCCAGCUGAUAUCCUCGACUUCUUACUGCAGCCAGGCAUCACCAAUCUUGAUGAUUUGAAACCACAGCCUUUGUAUUUGCAGACCCCGAAAUCGGCCAUGACCCCCACGUUUCAGCAAUCGUUGACGGGGUCCAAUUUUUCAAACUACAACACGCCAGCAAUCUCGCAGGUGGCCUCUUUCCACCAAUCCUUGAGCAACGUUGACUUGCAGGCUCAUUUCACUCCGGUUACUCCAAACUAUAUGAAUGCCAAAGUUGGCAGUGGCCAUUAUAACUCGAAUACUAAUUUUAGUGACAUUAUGUUGAGCACUCCGGUUUCAACUUUGACUAACCAAUACUCGCCCCCGCAGUAUACUACUCCACCAAGGUAUGCUGCUGGUGCUGCUAUUGCUGGUGCUGCUGGUGCUACCAACGCUCUUGAUGACAACGCUAGUCCCACUAUUGGACUUGGACUUGGACCAAGUUUGGAUCUGCUGAUUUCACAAUUGACUCCCGUCUCACGUCCCGCGGUGAAUAGAAGACCAUCGCCACUCGAGCUGACAAACAAGUUUGUCCAACACCAACUCCAGCACCAGCAACAACAACAAAACAUCGCCGAUUUCCAAGGCGCAGUAGAAGACUCUUAUCGUUUAAAGGCCCAGUCAGAGCUGAGUUUACCGUUGCCAUUCAAUUUUGAACAGCAAUUGGAAAAGAAUAACCAGUUUUUGAUGGCGCUACAAAACGAAGAGGAUCUCACGCCCAAGAGGAAAGCUAGCUGCGGGCCAGUGAAUCAAAAGAAGAAAAAGAAGGAAACUCGCUCGAUGUUCCGAGAUGAUAACGAUUCCAAUAGUGUGUUGGACGAUAGUGACCAUAAUAGCGCCGACCUGGUGCUCAACGCCCAGUACCAAUCUGCUGAUUCGCCAACAACGAUUGAAGUCACCAGUCCACAAUCUUCGACAGAAGAGACUUUUGUUGAUGUCAACCAAACCAACAUAACUGCGGAGGAGUUGCUCAACACCGAUCUUUUUGAUUUGAAACCGGCAGCUGCAGCUGCAGUUUGCACAAUGGCACCCUCGAGAGAUGUACUUGCCGACUUUAUCAAUCUUAAUGAGGAUGGUUCCAAUGUUGCAAUGCAAUCAAUUGUCGCUAAUCCAAGUGCGUCGACCAAGACCAUAGCCUCGGCUCCAGUCUCGGCUCCAGUCUCGGCUCCAGUCUCGGCAUCUUCUUCAGCACCACCUUCCGCUUCAACUUCAGCACCACCUCCACCUCCUACUGCUCGUAGAAAGUCAAACACCACCACAAAGAAGAAAAGACCAUCUACAAGCUUGCAAAAUACUCCCACGUUCAUUAUAAAUCCUAAACUUCAGUGGUCGGAACACCAGACCACAGCAGCCGCAUCCAUUCCUUCCACCCCUUCGCAUCUGAAAAGAAACUCCACCGCCGGAAGCUCGAGCAAUGUCGGUGGCCAUAUAGAAAUGAUCAAGAGCAUGCCGGUGUUUGCAUUGAGCAACCACUACUCGUUUGUUUACGAAGACGUCAACACAAUUUUUCAGGACGAAAAACUGGAAGCCGGCAACACCCUGAUGAAGUCUGCUUCUUCCUCUUCUUCUUCUUCUGCCGAGCAGACUGGUUCAACAAGAAAGAGGGAGAAACAAUUGAGCCAUCAACAAUAUCAACUACAACAGCAGCAACAACAGCAACAACAACUCAAUGAAAACCCCACUUAUAAUUUAAAGUCGAGCUUAGUUGAGUUCCAACUUGAUUUGAAGAAGUGA